CAAGUAGCUCUAGUUGACAGAUCGUAUGAAAUUCUGGUAGUAUUUGCUGUAAAGAAAGUGGAAGUGCCAUGUUCAACUAACAUGCUUGUUGUGUUUGUGACGACGAUCUCUAUGAUAAGUGCUGUUCUGGAAAUUGCUUUGCGAUAUCUCUAAAUAAUUUUAUUACAUAAUGAAUGGAAAAUUGAAGUCAAAGUCGUUGUUCGACGACAUAUUUAAGCUACAGAGCGCUGCACCAGAGCUUGACAUCGAUCCCGAAGAUCCAGAGGAUGGAUUUAAAGCAUCUCUAGUGGAUGCAGCUGAUGAGACAGAAGCUGUAGGUCCAAGUGCCUUGAGGAGAAAAGCAGCCAUCAUCGAAGAUGAUCCAAAGUACAACGGACAGAAGGCUUCUCGCAAAGAUCUUUAUUCUGAUGAUGAAGAAGAAGGUCUGGACACGGCAGCACAGGGCGAUUCUGAUUUUGAAGAGGACUCGAGAAACGGAGACACAUCUGAUGAUGAAAUGUCCGCUGGCAGCCGCGAUUCAGAGGAGGAGGAGGAAAGUAAUGGUGAUGGCGGUGAAGCUGGAAAUGUGAGCGAUGACAUGGAUGAAAACGAGAAAGAAGAAGAUGCCACGAUUUUGCAAAAGUCUGACGAUAGAGAGAAGGGAAAAGGUGCUCAUCAGCAGUUGAGCAUUUGGGAUCAGUUGAUCAAAAGCAGGAUAUCCCUACAGAAAGUCUUGUCCUUGUGUAACCAGUUGCCUCAGCCAGACACAUGGGCUGACUUUGCCGCUAAUGAUGACUUUCAUAAAGAAGCAAGCAAUGCUCACAGUUCUGUUCGGAAACUUGUUGCCGCUUUGAUUGAGGUUCAGAAAGGGCUUUCAAGUCAGGACCAGUCUAAAGAAAAAGGUGCUGGUGGUAGUGGAGACUCGGAUGAGGAGAUCACAAGCGAAUCUGAGGGAGAGGAGGACGAGGACAAAGACACCGUGGGAGGGAAAAGUAUCGGCCCAGAAGCUCUCGACAAGGAAACUCCGCUUGACGAUGACAUGAGUGAGGAAAGCGGUGACGGUGGGGAUGAGUCUGAGGAAGAAGCUUCUGGCAAUGACGUGGUCGUCCCACAGGAAGGAAGCCAGAAGAAGCAGCGGCAGAAACGGAAAUUGGACGCAGAGGAGGUGGAGGAAGUUUUGUCCAAGCACCAUAAAGGCUUCCAGACCUACAGAAAUGACACUUUGUCCAAGUGGGAUGAGAAGACCCGUUUGACCCACGGGAAGGUCAGGGCCAAGAAUUUUGCGGCAUUUGAGAUGUCUGUUCUCAAACAGAUUGAACAGGUUUUAGUGAACAGAGAGAGACUAAUCCGGCGAAUUCAUCAGCAAAGAACAGCAUUCAGGAUAUUGGGAUGUCCAGACACAGCCCAGAUAGACAAAGCAGAAGAUGAUGUGACCAUUGAGGAUGAUGACGAAGUGGAAGUAGAGAUAAAACAGAGGAGCAAGCAAGAUGUAACUUUAAACCCAGAGAUUAUCGAUGACAACGACUUCUACCACGUCUGCUUGAGAGACCUUAUCGAAAUGAAGCAGAAUGAGGAAAUGGACCCAGUUACAGCCAACAAACAAUGGUUGGAAAUUCAAAGAUUACGAAAUAAAGAAAAAAGGAAAGUGGAUACGCGUGCCAGUAAAGGCAGAAAAAUCAGAUACAACAUCAGGGAAAAACUAAAAAAUUUCAUGACUCCCUAUGAUAAGUCCUCCUGGUCAGAUGAACAAAAAGAUGACCUGUUCAAGGCUCUGUUUGGUGGAAGGAACGUGAGUGAGGGCGGGGAGCAAGAAAAGGUCAGCGAGGGGGAGAACAGAAACAAAGAAGGAGCACCCACAAUCAACAUUGGUCUGUGAUGUGUGUACAUGUUGGAGAAUCUGUGUUGGUCUGUGUUACGCGUUCUAUGUAGAAGAUUCAGUGUUGAUUAAUGUUGUACGGUACUAGUAUAUACGCAAUGUUGGAGGACUCAGUAUUGGUUUGCCUGAUUUAUAGAAUGUAAGAUGUUGAAUGUUGGCACAUCUAAUGUCUAAAUAAAAUAUAAAACUGUAGU